AUGACUUCUAACUACUGCAACUCCCGCCUCAGUGGGAAGGUUUCAGAGGCCAAGGCUGUCUCCCCAUGCCUCUCAGCCACCCUGGCUCAUACCAACCGAGCCCGUGUGGGGGCAACCCCUCUGGGCCAACCCAGUCUCUGUCUGCCCCCCAGCUGCCAUGCCGCUUGCCCCUUGCCAGGGACCCGCCACAUUCCAGGCAACAUUGGAAGCUGUGAGCCCUAUGGCAAAGGUGCCCUGAAUGGCCAUGAGAAGGAAACCAUGCAGUUCCUGAAUGACCGUCUGGCCAACUACCUGCAGAAGGUGCGGCACCUGGAGCAGGAGAAUGCGGAACUGGAGACCAAGAUCCGAGAAUUUAGCAAAUGCCAGGAGACCUACGUGUGUCCAAAUUACCAGUCCUACUUCCAGACCAUUGAGGAGCUCCAGCAGAAGAUCCUGUGCAUCAAAUCUGAGAACAACAGGCUGGUCGUGCAAAUAGACAAUGCCAAGCUGGCUGCAGAUGACUUCAGGACCAAGUAUGGGACGGAGCAGUCACUUCGCCAACUGGUGGAAGCUGACAUCUGUGGCCUGCGCAGGGCCCUGGACGACCUCACCCUUGCCAAGUGUGACCUGGAGGCCCAGCUGGAGUCCCUGAAGGAAGAGCUCCUCUGCCUCAAGACCAACCAUGAGCAGGAAGUCUACACUCUGAGGUGUCAGCUGGGCGACAAGCUCCGGAUCGAGCUGGACACUGAGCCCACCACAGACCUGAACAGGGUGCUGGGGGAGAUGCGGUGCCAGUACGAGGCCAUGGUGGAGACCAACCGCCAGGAUGUGGAGCAGUGGUUCCAAGCUCAGUCUGAAGGCAUCAGCCUGCAGGCCAUGUCCUGCUCCGAGGAGCUGCAGUGUUGCCAGUCAGAGAUCCUAGAGCUGAGAUGCACGGUGAAUGCCCUGGAGGUGGAGCUCCAAGCUCAGCACAACCUGAAAGACUGCCUGCAGAACUCUUUGUGUGAAUCCGAGGCCCGCUACAGCACUGAGCUGGCCCAGAUGCAAAGCCUGAUCAGCAAUGUGGAGGAGCAACUGGCCGAGAUCCGGGCUGACCUGGAGCGGCAGAACCAGGAGUACCAGGUGCUGCUGGAUGUCAGGGCCCGGCUGGAGGGUGAGAUCGCCACAUACCGGAACCUUCUGGAGAGCGAGGACUGCAAACUUCCAUGCAACCCAUGUGCGACUCCUGCCUCCAGCACUUCCUAUCCAGCCCCGGCAGCCUGUACCCCCUGCUCUCCCUGCCUCUCUGGGCCUCCUCGGGCCUCUUGUGGGCCUUGCCCAUCGACUCGAUGCUGA